AUGACUGCCUUUCGAAUCACCCUUGUGCGCUCCGCCAUCGGUCUGCCCAAGAAGACCAACAAUUUCCUGAAGACACUUGGACUCACUCACCGGGGCGCUGUGCGGUACAAGCCGGUCACGCCCAGCAGCGCUGGUUUGAUUCUCAGAGUCAAGGAGCUCGUCAAGGUCGACGUUGUCGAUAGAAAGCUCACGAGAGAGCAACACAAUGCGACGCAGAAGUCCAAUUCUGGAUAUAUUGUUGAGAAGAAGAUGCGACCGAUGAAUGAGAGCUACGGUUGUGCCCAGGUCGAGGUCGAAGAGAGGAAAGGCGCACUGAUCAAGAUUACCCUGCGCUGUCAUAUCGACCGCUCUAAACCUUCAAGACCUGCUUCCCGCAAACUGAUCCCCUCCAUCGCCUCGGCCCAUGGCUUUCUAGUAUACCGCAUCUUCACUGCGCGGCAUACACCAAUAGAGAAUGUCAUGGCGGCCCAAGAUGAAAAGCCGCCUCUAGCACCGUACAUUCUGCAGCCGCUGCUGUCAGAUGUGCUGCUCGUGUCUGAGGACUCGGAUGUCAAAGUGGAGAUUACCUGCGUGGAAGCAUGGCAUUCGAGUUUAUACCUGGGAACUUCGACCGGUGAAGUUUUGCAUUAUUUCCAGGACCCUUCCUCGAAUACCCCUAGCUACAUGUUUGCUUCUCGCCAAGUAGUCCACCCUUCUCGACCACACCCGAUCACCCGGAUACUUUUGCUGCCGACAGUAUCGCAAGCACUAGUUCUCUCACACAACUCGAUCGCGGUCUUCUCGCUGCCCGAGUUCUCGCCCGUGAGGCUCGGCAGGAUAAGAGAGGUCAACUCGAUGUCAUUAGAUCUAGACAAGGUCCAGAAAGAUACAGACGACGAGGUUCUGGUCACGGUGUUUACAAAGAAACUUAUUAGAAUCAUCAGGGUUAAAGAGAAGGAUCUGAGAUUGGUGAAAGACAUUGAUUAUCCCUCCGCGUUGGUUGGAAUCCAGCGCUCCUCAAUCGCACUAGUUGCCAACGAAGAAACCUACGACCUCAUCGAUCUCAACAGUAUACAAAAGAUCCCACUAUUCUCGAUCUGCAACAACCCCGGCGCCGCUACCAAACUAAAACCGCACGUCGCGUCGGUCACUAGCGAAGAAUUCUUUGUCACGAGCGGAUCGGCGCCUGAUGAGCCCGCGGUUGGGUUGGUGGUCAACCUCGAUGGAGACGUGUCUCGGGGUACGAUUGCUUGGAAUGGGUAUCCGACGGUUAUAGCGGUUGAGUAUCCAUACAUUGCCGCCGUGAUUGGAAACGAGUUACAGCUCCAUUCUCUAGAGACACAAGAACUGCUACAGACUCUCCCUUUCGACACUCCGCCCAAGCUCUCGACAGUAUCAUACACAUACUCCAUGCCCUAUCCGCUUCUAGCCGAGAAGUUCACGCUCGUGCCGUUGCUGGGCGAGGCAGACGAGAGCCGGCUAGAAGAAGAACGUCGGAUAGCUGCGAGAUUUUCGAAUGUGUCGUCGUCGCUGUUUGUGUAUUCGAAUGAGCUUGGUGUGCAGUGUCUGAUACCCACGCCGGACCUGCUGCGUCUUGAUUCUCUGCUCGAUGAGCGGAAGAUUGAGGAAGUUCUCGCGGCGCUGAAUAAAGAGCAGGAACCUAGUGAACGAGCGUUUUACGAAGUGACUUAUAUCCGGCAAAAGUUGAGUCUGCUAUAUUUCGACGAAGGCAACUACGUUGACGCAGAGCGGUAUUGGAACGAGAGCGGGUUCGAUCCGCGGAUUGUGAUCUCUUUGUUUAAUAAGGAGGAUGUGAAGGGUACGCCGUGGCUGUAUGCCGGGGUCAAGGAGGCGCUGAAGAUACCGGAGAAGGAAAUCCCGCUGGAGGCGCUUAUGGUGGUGAAGCAUUACCUCGCCGGAUGGCUUGAACGGAAGGGAUUCCAGAGCGUGAUGGAUUCGACAGACGUGUUUCAUUCGGUCGAGGUCGCUUACCUGCGAGUUCUGCUGAGCACACCGAUGACGACUAAGGAGGAGAUAUAUAACUUCACUGAUUUGACGGUUGACGACCAUUCGUUCCCCGAAUCGGUGAAACUGUUGCAAGACCACAAAAAGUACUUUGCACUCUCACGUCUGUACCAGAGUCGGAAGCAUGUGGCGGAGGUAUGCGAGACGUGGCGGAAGAUGAUCUCGGGAGAAUGGGAGGACAACGAAUUCACAGACGGCGAGCACAAGAUGACGGAGUACCUGCUACGAUGCAAAGACGAGAAUAUAGUGUGGGAGUAUGGACUGUGGCUCAUGCGGCGGAACGCGGAGCUGGGGAUCCAGGUGUUUACGGACCCGCGCCGGAAAGCCAAGAUCAAUGCGACGCGGCUGAAGGAUGAGAUCCGCAAGAUUGGCGGCGAGGCGUGGCGGAUAUACUUGGAAGACGUUGUGUUUGCGCAGCAGCACUUUGAGCUUGCGAACGAGCUUGUGCUGCUGUACACGAGCGACGUGAUUGAGGUUGUGGAAAGUAACGAGGAAGCGCGGCAGGAGAUCAUCCGGAGCUAUGAAGAGUACCGCGCUCUGACGCCGCCCAAAGCCGCGUACACGCUUUUCUUGCAAGGAAAGAUGGCCGAGAGCACGAACCAGGAAGCGGUGGCGAUGCGACUGAAGUUUUUGAAUAUCCUGCAAUCCGACGUGUCCUACGACGUGCAGGAGGUUCUGCGGCGGAUAAAACCGCACGAGGAUUUCUUGGUCACGGAGAUGGUUAUUCUUUACGGAAAGCUGUCGUUGCAUCACUCGGCUUUACAUAUUCUAUGCCACUCGCUUGCAGAUUACGACACCGCGUUUGCGUACUGCCUGUACGGCGGCCAUGUGAUCCAUGCGAGCGAGCUCGCGGUCGGCGACCAGUCGCAAGUGUCAGGAUUCCAGCAGGCGGAACUAUUCAAGCUCUUACUAGUCGAGUUUCUCAAGCUCAAGUCGACGGAGGACCGGAUAAAGUGCACGAAGCGGCUGCUGGAAGGAUGGGGCAGUCUGCUUGAUUUGCAGUUUGUGCUGCAGACGAUUCCGGAUUCGUGGUCGGUUGAGCUGAUUAGUGGGUUUUUGAUUUCAUCUGUGCGCGGGCUUUUGAGGACGAGGAAAGAGAGUCUUUUGAUGCGCGGACUGUCGAGAGAGGAGAAUCUGAGGGUUUCGGGAGAGCUGAUGGAUCGGAUAUUCGAGGAAGGCCCGAUCAUCGAGCGGCGCAUGUGA